AGUUAGUUCAUGCUAGCUCGACAAAAGGCUGGAACGCAACCAGAUGGAAUUGUGUACUGCCUUCCUAGCUGAUUCCUCACAUUUGAAAUUGUUUCGCACACUUUUUAGCUGCGAACUACCAGCGGACUACCAGCCCUGGCGUAACAACCGGAGUUCAUCAGGGCGGUUGUGAAGCGUUCUAGACGCUCUGCAAAGAUCUUCUGACUGACUUGAGGUGAGCGUGCGAACAUCAUGCCUCUUUUUGGGAAAUCCCACAAGACUCCGGUGGAGAUUGUCAAGACCCUCAAGGAGAACUUGGCUGUGCUGGUUAAACAGGACAAGAAGACAGACAAGGCAUCUGAGGAGGUGUCCAAGUGUCUGGUGUCCAUGAAAGAGAUUCUAUACGGGAGCAAUGAUAAGGAGCCACACACAGAGACGGUGGCCCAGUUGGCCCAGGAGCUCUACAACAGCGGCCUGCUGAUCACACUGGUGGAGAACCUGCAUGUCAUUGACUUUGAGGGCAAGAAGGACGUGUGUCAGAUCUUUAACAACAUCUUGAGGAGGCAGAUCGGAACCAGGAGCCCCACUGUGGAGUACUUCUGCUCCCAUCAAGAGGUUCUCUUUAUCCUGUUGAAAGGGUACGAGGCACCCCAGGUGGCGCUCAACUGUGGGAUCAUGUUGAGGGAGUGCAUCCGCCACGAGCCGCUUGCCAAAGUGGUUCUGUAUUCGGAUCAUUUCCACAGAUUCUUCAGCUAUGUUGAGAUGUCCACCUUCGACAUCGCCUCUGAUGCCUUUGCCACCUUCAAGGAUCUCCUGACGAGGCACAAAGUGCUUGUAGCAGAGUAUCUUGAACAGAAUUAUGAUGCGGUGUUUGCAGACUACGAGAAACUUCUGCUCUCUGAGAACUACGUCACCAAGAGGCAGUCGCUCAAGCUUUUGGGCGAGCUAUUGCUGGACCGACACAACUUCACAGUUAUGACGCUCUACAUCAGCAAGCCAGAGAAUCUCAAGAUGAUGAUGAACCUGCUAAGGGUUAAGAGUCCCAACAUUCAGUUUGAGGCCUUCCAUGUCUUCAAGGUGUUUGUGGCCAACCCCAACAAGACACAGCCCAUCAUUGACAUCCUCCUCAAGAACCAGACCAAAUUGAUUGAGUUCCUGAGCAUUUUCCAGAAGGACCGCACGGACGACGAGCAGUUCAAUGACGAGAAAACCUACCUAAUCAAACAGAUCAGGGAUCUUAAGAAACCAGCAUCCUAGAGAAGCCCCUGUCCCCUCAAGAUCAACUCUUUAUCAAUAGGAACCUGUAGAAACAAAACUAUUUAAAAAAAAAAAAAAAAAAAAAAAAAAAAAAAAAGAAAAACACAAGAAUUUUCUUUUUUGCUUCACUAAACAUUUGUGCAAGAAUAGUUCUCAAUCACUCACGUUUUGUAAUUUUCUUUCCAUCAUUAGCAUGUAGCAGUGCCACCACGCAGAAUCGGAUUGGCUGAGUGAGCAACACCAGCGGUUAAAACGCCUUUGACGGCCCCAUGUUUGCUGGAGGGCACGCGCACGGCCACUUUUGCCUUUUUUAAGUUUUUAAUUCUUUUUUUUAAGUUUACCAUAUUGUUUUUAAAUGCAAUAUUAGUCGCAGCUUAACACUUACUUGGUCAAACAAACAAAGGUUUGGUUGCCUAGGUGACACCAAACUAUAUAAAUGUCACGUGCAAAGGAUAGAAGUGUUUACAGUGUUUAAAGCCUGUGGUCACUAUCCUAUAAACGCACACUAAAUUUUGCCAAUAAUGAUGUCUCUCGAUUUCCAAAUGAAGAGUUUUUAAAUUGGCCAAUCUGAUUCUUGUCGUGGUACCUGAUAGCACCUUCUGUAUUUUAAAUGGUUAUUUGGGGGGGGGAGUCUUAGGGCUAAUCAAAUUUGUUCUUUUAUACAACAGUGCAGAGACUGAGUGACAAGUUGUCUUUCCUUCUUUGUUUGGGUCUGAUUGUUUGGAAGAUUCAUAAGUGCCAUUUUAGUUUGCGGUGUUCUUUUCUAUUUUGUUUAAUUGUGUCUUUAAAGGGGGAGCUUAGUUGUCAAGCAAUCUGCUCUGGACAGAACGUAUUAGGCAGUAAAUGGUUGCAAUGUUCCCUUUUCAGUUCAGGUCACAACCUUGAUGACAAAAUUAAUAUCUGUGAAUAAGCCAAAUGGACAGAAAAGUGUGCAAAAUCAUGGAGCAUGAAAGAAUUGGUUCAAAAAGGAGAAAUUGCAUCUAACAACACUUAAGCUUUAAUGAAACUAGUUUAUUUCCGAUUGGUGUCUCGUUCGCAUUUGGGAUCACGUAGCUUAACUUUUCAUCUGAAACGACACGCAGCUUCAUUGUGUACUAUACUGAGAAUGAAUAAAAGGAUGGAAACUCA